GAAACAUAAAAGGAAAGAAGAAACCUAACCCUAACCAACUCUAAUAGGGUUCACGUGUGUGUGUGUGUGUGUGUGUGUGUGUGCGGUGACGUUUCAUCGGACCCUCGCUUCGCCAAUGACAAUGAUGCGACGAGCACCUUGAGCACAGAAAAUCUUCGCCCUUUCCUUUUUCGUUCAGCGUUUUACAAUAUUUAUACGUAAAAAGAAACUCUAUUUUCUUCUAUCCCUUUCUCCCUUUCCUUUAUCCAUCCUGAGUUCUCCGACCACCGCCAUAGCUCAGCAGUUCGGAAGCUCUGCAAUCUCCGAUUGCUUUCCGAAGCUUCAUGUUGCUGCUUUAAGUACCUCUUGAGAUCUACUUCCUGAUCAAUGUUCGUGCAAGUGGGAAAUUUGUCAUUGAUAUUAGUACUGUGGGUAGCUUAUUACAGGUUUGAGAGUCUCUGCCAUUUAAGAAGUGCAAAGCUGUUGUUUGAUCUACUGUAUUCAAGCUUUUGAGGGAUAGAGCAUCAGGGUAUACAACUUAUGCUACAACAAGCUUUACAUAAAUACCUUUCUUGGAGUUUUAAAUUUACUAUCAAAUGUCAGAGGUUGAUAUGGCAGUCAUUAAACCUGAGAUGAUGAAGUCUUAUAUUUGGCUUCGAACUGCUGAUGGCUCAAUCCAACAAGUUGAACAGGAGGUUGCAAUGUUUUGUCCCAUGAUAUGCCAUGAAGUGAUACAAAAGGGCAUGGGAUCCUCCAAGAAUUAUGCUAUAUCUCUUCCUCAGCGAGUCAAUCCUGCCAUGUUAAGCCUAAUUCUUGAUUAUUGCCGGUUUCAUCAAGUGCCUGGUUGCUCUAACAAGGAGCGCAAGUCUUUUGAUGAAAGGUUUAUCCGAAUGGACACAAAGAGGCUCUGUGAGUUGACAUCUGCUGCUGACAGCCUUCAGUUAAAGCCUCUAGUUGAUCUUACCAGUCGUGCCCUUGCACGAAUUAUUGAGGGAAAAAACCCCGAGGAGAUACGUGAGAUAUUUCAUUUGCCUGAUGAUCUUACUGAGGAAGAAAAGUUGGAGCCUCUGAAAAACACAACUGAUGACCCACGCAUUCGACUGUUGAAUAGAUUGUAUGCAAAAAAGAGGAAGGAACUAAAAGAGAGGGAGAAACUAAAGAAUGCUGAGGUUAAAGAAGAGCAUGUCGAUGAUCGUUCAGUUGAUGACCUCUUGUCUUUUAUUAAUGGAGGCAAUGAAGAUUCUAAAGGGAUUAAAACUUCAAAGAGUAAAAAGAAGAACCGAAGAAGGAAAGAUCAGCAGAAGAGUAUGUCUGCCAAUGAAACCACUAAAAACCAUAAUAAGGAGCCAAAUGGUCUUAACUCUGCAUGCAGUAGUGCCGAAGUUGGUCAGAAAAUUCAGCCCAUUAUUGGUUCUACCUCAACCUUACAGGAUGUAGAAGAUGAUAUUAUUGCCAAUAAGAAUGAGUUUGAUGAUGCUGAUAUUGAUGAUGAGAUUGAUCCGGCAUUGAAGGAAAGAAUAGACAGGGAGGUGGAAGAUUUUGCCCGUAGAUUGAAUUCAGAUUGGCCAGAAAGAAUGCAAGAAAUUCUCUCCUUGGGUCAAGAAAGGAAACCAGUUCAUUUUUUCACUUAAUGGCAAUGGCUCGGGUCAGAUCCGGAGUAGAGAUGAUUCCACAAUGGGGAUACUUCCUCGGUUUGGCUCACAGCCUGGACAAUUUUGAUCAGAUGCUUUUCAGGUGGUUGAAAGAUGGCACCUUGAAGGGUUGGGAUCCUUGGCAUUGUGGUUCCCUUGAAGAAACAAGAAGGGAACUGUGUCUUGGUGAGCCAGUUCUAGUCAAUUACUCUCUUGCAAAGCUACUAAGGAAAAAGGAAAGAACAAGAGCCUGAAAGAAAUUAGCACGUCUUAUUUGUGUUCAUUAAUUAAAAUUUCAUAAAGUCUAAUAUUUGCCCAAAUCAUGUUUUAGGCAAUUAUAGCCUUAAGCUAGAAUGCACAUUCUUGCUGCCUUCAGUUGUCUGUACGAAGGCGGAAGAGCUUUUCAACUACCAUAAGUAGGCCUUCUGUUCAACUACGAAUGAUUAAUGUAGAAACAAUCAUUUUCUCGGGAAUUUAUUAUUGGCUAUGAAUUUGGUUCGAUGUUGAUAGCCGCUAGUGUAACGGGGAUACCUGCAAUCCAUGUUACAAUUUAGAAUCAAAUGUCGAGUAUUCAGAUUUGGAAUUUGUGGGACCCUAUCUAGUGGACGGCAAUCUUGUUUGUUUCGCAGUACAUUUUACAUGCAGCCAUCCCUCCUCUAAAAUUUUAUUACCCCAUUUUUUUUUUUUGUCAUAAAAAUUGGUACUAAAUAUGUAGAAGCUACAGCCUUGUGAAUGUAGAUUCCCUAUAGCCUGUCGGCAUAAAUGGGUAAAGCAUAAGAGGACUUUGGCGGUAUGUUUACGGUCUUGAAUGUCAAUUAUUCUCCUCCACUCAUCUGAGUGAGAAAAAUUGUAACAUUAAAAUUGUUUGCUUG